UACUAGACGUCAGCUAGUAGUCAAGCCGAAACAAGUCACUUAGUAGAGUGGACGAGAUGGGCAACACGUAGCUCGAGUGACCCCAGUUAAGCUUUUGAAUAAGUGAUAAAUAUAACUCAGAUCUUGUUAUGUUAUGAUUAAAGUUCCAGUGCGCAUUUAUACGUAACUUAAAGCAGCUGCUGCUGGCGGCCACACUUUUCCCUCACCACCCACGUUUUCGCUGUGCAAAGUUGGCCUUUUUGGGAAGGAUGUCAGUCCCCGGCAACUCGCUCCAGCAGCCCCGGGUGAGGCGCAGUAACGCGGGCUCCCCGGGUGCGUUCGGCAACGGCGGCUGCCGGCUGCACCCGCUGCGCGCCACCGUUCCCUACCAGCUGCUGCGCGGCGGCCAGGGCAGCCCGACGCGGCCGCCGCACAGCGUCCACGGCGGGGCCCCCGCGGGCAGCCGAGGCUCCAGCCCCCCCUCUAGCCCGACCCUCCUCCUCCCAGGAAGUAAGCAGAGGCUGUCGCCCGAAAAUAAGGACGCCUCCUGCGCCCCGGACUCGCCCGUUUCCAGAGCAGAAAGGUCCAAGUUGCAGAUGCGAAGCUCCAGUGCCAUCCGGCGGACUUCUUCCUUGGAUGCCAUCACAGGGCCGUACCUCACCGGACAGUGGCCCCGAGAUGUUCACGGCCCUUACCCCUCCUGUAUGAAAGACAAGGCCACUCAGACUCCAGGUCUGUGGAUGGACGAGGGGGUUGACCAAGGAAGUCCUCACCAGAGGUCAGCCUCGUGGGGAAGCGCAGACCACCUCAAGGAGCAAAUUGCCAAGCUGAGGCUCCAGCGCAGCAAACAAGGAAGUCGGCAGAGCAAAGAACGAGACGUCUCGUCGGGGACGCCACACGCCCAACAUGCUCCCACCGCCUGUCCCUCACAGCAUAAGGGAUCUUCUUGUUCUCUGUCCACCAAGUCGCUGAUCUGCAGAGUACCCAGCAGCGUGGAGGCCAUCAACCACGAGCUGGAAAACGUCUUCAUCAGAAAUGACUGGGAGCACGGCAUACAGGCCACGGACGCGGCAGACGGCCGUCGGGCUCCUUUCCCACUGCAUCGCUACAGCAAAUUCGGGGAGACGCGGGACACGGACACCCAGGCCCCCUCCAGCGGAGAGUCCAGUCCGUCACCCCGACGGCGCAGCCCCCUAAGUCCCCAACACCUGCACUCCCCAGACGGAAGCCCCUCGUCCUCUGCGGAUGAUGUGGAGAAAGAGGGUACGUGCGGCUCCCCGCUGCCGAAGUUUGCCACGUCUCCCAAACCCAACAACAGCUACAUGUUCAAACGAGAGCCACCGGAAGGUUGCGAGAGGGUCAAAGUCUUUGACGAGAUGCUGUGUGGCCAAUCCAAAGGCUUCCCGCUCUUCUCAUGUCCCGACAAAAACAAGGUGAACUUCAUCCCUCGAGGUUCCGCUUUCUGCCCGGUCAAGUUGCUCUGCUCGUCCCUCUUCUCGCCCGUGUUGUGCGCCAGCGACGACGACGACACCGCCGCCGGUCUCCACGGUAAUGACGCCCAGUCUCAGGAUGCGCCCGACAGGCAGGAAGCGGAGGCGGUCAUUGGCGGUUUGUCGCCAGGAAUAUAAGAGACACUGCCACAUUAUAAAAACAACAACAACAACAACAAAAAGCUUCACACUCCGUUAAUCCCAAAUUAAGAACAUGUCCACACGGUCACUGAUAUUUAAAAAAAAAAAAAAAAAAAUUUUACGUGCUCCACACUCAAAACAAAGCAAAGCAAAUUUAGUUAGUGGGUACAGAAAGUUUUCAGACCCCCAUAAAUUGUUCACUCUUUAUUAUAUUGUAGCCAUUUGUAAAAAUGAUUAAAGUUAAUUUUUUUCCUCGUUAAUGUACACACAGCACCCCACGUUGAGGGAAAAAAUUUUAUUGUUGAAAUUUUUGCUGAUUUAUUAAAAAAGAAAAACUGACAUAUCAUACAGCCAUAAGUAUUCAGACCCUUUGCUGUGACACACACAUUUAACUCGGGUGCUGUCCAUUUCUUCUGAUCAUCCUUGACAUGGUUCUACACCUUCAUUGGAGUCCAGCUGUUUGAUUAUACUGAUUGGACUUGAUUAGGAAAGCCACACCCCUGUCUAUAAAAGACCUUACAGCUCACAGAGCAAAUGAGAAUCAUGAGGUCAAAGGAACUGCCUGAAGAGCUCAGAGACAGAAUUGUGGCAAGGCACAGAUCUGGCCAAGGUUACAAAAAAAAGUCUGCUGCACUUAAGGUUCCUAAAAGCACAGCGGCCUCCAUAAUCCUGAAAUGGAAAACGUUUGGGACGACCAGAACCCUUCCUAGAGCUGGCCGUCUAGCCAAACUGAGCAAUCGGGAGAGAAGAGCCUUUGUGAGAGAGGUAAAGAAGAACCCAAAGAUCACUGUGGCUGAGCUCCAGAGAUGCAGUCGGGAGAUGGUAGAAAGUUCUACAAAGUCAACCAUCACUGCAGCCCUUCACCAGUCGGGGCUUUAUGGCAGAGUGGCCCGACGGAAGCCUCUCCUCAGUGCAAGACACAUGAAAGCCCACAUGGAGUUUGCUAAAAAAAACACCUGAAGGGGUCUGAUGAGACCAAGAUAGGACAUUUUGACCUUAAAUUCUAAGCGGUGUGUGUGGAGAGAACCAGACACUGCUCAUCACCUGUCCAGUACAGUCCCAACAGGGAAGCAUGGUGGUGGCAGCAUCAUGCUGUGGGGGUGUUUUUCAGCUGCAGGGACAGGACGACUAGUUGCAAUCGAAGAAAAGAUGAAUGCGGCCAAGUAGCGGGAUAUGCUGGACGAAAACCUCCGGUGAUUCACCUUCCAACAAGACAAGGACCCUAAGCACACGGCUAAAGUGGCUAGAGUGGCUUCAGAACAACUCCGUGACUGUUCUUGAAUGGCCCUGCCAGAGCCCUGACUUAAAACCCAACUGAGCAUCUCUGGAAAGACCUGAAAAAUGGCUGCCCACCAACGUUCACCAUCCAACCUGACAGAACUGGAGAGGAUCCGCAAGGAAGAAUGGCAGAGGAUCCCCAAAUCCAGGUGUGAAAAACUUGUUGUAUCAUUCCCCAAAAGACUCAUGGCUGUAUUAGCUCAAAAGGGUGCUUCUAAUAAAUACUGAGCAAAGGGUCUCAAUACUUAUGGCUCUGUGAUGUUUUAGUUUUUCUGUUUCAAUAAAUCUGUAAAAAUUUUAACAAUUCUGUUUUUUUUCUGUCAAUAUGGGGUGCUGUGUGUACAUUAAUGUGGAAAAAAGGAACUUAAAUGGCUGCAAUAUAAAAAAGAGUGAAAAAUGUUAGGGGGUCUGAAAACUUUCCGUACCCACUGUAUAUAGUGCAUUUCCUACACAAGGUAACUCAAUGUGCUUUACAUGAUUACUUGAAUUGGAAAGACUAGAAGAGAAAAGUCAUACAAGAGUCCCUGUAUUAACCUAAUCUGUUACCCUAAUAAUUUUUCAAUCUAUUUAGAUGUGCUGAAAAUUUUGACCCUUUGGAGAAACUUUGGGAUCAGUGGCAAAAACACGACACGAUGAUCCCUACACAAUUCAAACUUCGUUGUGAGGACAAACGGAUAUACAACUGAGACUGUCACUUAAUGAGCUGAAUAGUUGACAUAUUGGCUUACUGAAGCUAAAACAGCACUUACUUUUCCAAACCUUAGCCUCAAGACUAGAUAGCGAUUAGCAUGGUGGGAGUCAGCUGCCAGUCCGCUCAUCAAAGAGUCAUAAAUUUCUUAGUGUAUGUUGAGUACUACACGGUUCUCAGUCUUUGUACGUUUUCAGCAAUUAUCAUCCAACGUAAUAACCUAACACCAAAUAAUGACGUCUCUGAAUUCACUUCAGAGGGUCUGCAAGUAUGACAAAUGUUAAGAUAUACAUUCCCCCCCCCCCCACAAAAAAAUAAAAAAAUAAUUCUAUUUUGCCCAAAAAUACACUGUUGAAGAUUCCGACAUUUCACUCUUGAAAGUGAUGACGUUAUUCUUGUAAAUUGCUUUUGUUUUUCUUUUUUUUUUUUUUUUUAUUGGAAGAAAAAUACAGCUUAAUAUCACUCUCUUAUAUCUGAGACGAAAUGAGAGUUUGUUCGCAUUUGAUGACAACUUAAUUAUUGACAAAAAAAACUUUGUACCUAAAAAAUAUACACGAGACCCACAGGAGAGCGAUAAUGUUUGAGAUUAUGAAAUUUUUUCCUUACGAAUAUGACAAAACAAUACAUUUACAACUUCUGUUUAGAUCGUGUCAAAGAAAAUACCACCUCACUGUUUUAAGAUUGACAUUUUCUUGAAAACAAUGACUUUAAUCAUCUAAAAUUACGUUAACGUUACCUAAAAAUGAAAUGACUAUACUUGUACGUUUACAAUUUUAUUGUUCGGGGUUUAGGAAAGUUAAAAAAUUCUGGCGAUUCUUGUAAGAUUACUACUACUAAAACAAACAAACAAACAAUCAAUCAACAAAUACCAUUAUCCCAAGAAAAAAAAAAAAUAUAAAUCUCAACAAUAUUUUUUACGGUAUUCUGGAACAAUGCAUUUUGGCCAAUCAGAAUGUUGACCAAAAGGCCUAGUAAAUGUCUGAAAAUAUUUGUUUGUGUGGACAUGUCCUUAGCGAGGCUUCUUCUUGCUGUUUUUUUCCCCGCUGCUGUUGGAACGUGAGUCUGAUCAAGGGUUACACUGGUAACAAAGCUUUGUUUCGGCCAAUCAGCUUUCUAGUAGGCAACAAUACUGCUGCUCUCGUUCUACGUGAUGGGACAGCAGUGGACACGUGUGUAAUUUUUUUUUUAGGAUCUUUUUAUCUGCAAUUUGGCUGGCAACCAGUUCAGGGUGUACCCACCUCCUGCCCGGUGAUAGCUGGGAUAGGCUCCAGCACCCCCGCGACCCUUGUGAGGAUAAGCGGCUCAGAAAAUGGAUGGAUGUUUUUAUCUGCUCUUUUUUUCAACUACAUGACACAAUUUGACUUGGUUUUAUCCCCCCCCCCUUUUUUUUUUUUGUUUUUCUUUAAGCGAGUGACCAAAAGUGCAAGUGCCUCCUUGCUGUUAGUUACACGAAAUCUUCUUUUGAAAACUUUGAACUUUCUAGCGCAUUCCUCAGAGGUCCUGCUGCAUCGUGGGUAAGCGCGGAUACUGGUCUCGCCCUCUUAAAGUGACAGAUGUUAUUAAACGGACCAAAGCAAAAUGUGACAAAACAAUUGGAUUACGAGUGGACGGUCAGUACCUGUGUGUGAAGAAAAGGUGUUUUUGUUGGGUUUUGGAUGAAAGAAAUCUAAACUUAUCCAGCCACGGUACGAAAGGAGUAUUAGCGCCUCAUGCAAAACAAUUAAUGGAAUUGUACAAUGAGAAUAAAGUCUCAAGAAAACGUCAUCUUACACGAAGGAAAAGUUUGUUUUCAAAGAAAAAAAAUUAUGGAAAAGUUGUCAAGUAAAACACUAUGCAUUUUUUAAAUUGUAACCUUAGUUGAAUAAAUUGUAUUUUAACAAGUUUUUCUCAGAAAUUUUUUUUUUUUUACAAAAUCCACAUUUUUUUCUUUGAAGCUAUUAAAAAAAUCUGAUUAUUUUUGUGUUUGAACUUCAGAGAUGACGUACUGGUAAUAAAUAAUUUUCCCAGGGGAAAAAGAAAAUUAUUAAAAUCAAAAUUUUGAACUUUGCCAAUAGAAGGGUUAAGUAUAGAGGUCCCCCCCCCUCCAAAAAAAAUAUAAAAUCACAUUUUUAUGAGGAAAAAAAACACUGAAAAUAAAUUUUUAAGGAUAAUGUAAUUUAGAUUUUUUUUUCUUUUGGAGGAGGGGGUCAAGAAAAUUUUUUUUUUUUUAAAAUGUUUGUAAUUUUAUUUUUGAUCUGUUAAAAAGGCCAUGAGACCCGUUUUUAAGAAAAUACUUUUUAGAAAGACAAUAAACCUGAGGAAGAAAAAUACAACUUUCUCAAAAAUAUACGGCUUCUCAUAAGAUGACUACUUUAUUCUCGCAUUUGAGUUUUCUUUGUGCGGUGGCCGGCAAAAAGAAAACUCUUUCUGCCAUUAAAAAGUGUGUGUAUCAUGAUGUUUGCUUUGUGAAUCGCUAAACCACAUGUAAGCACUUACUUGAUCCUGAUCUUUUUUUCCUCCUAAAAAUUGAGACCAAUUUUCAGUUGAAAAGAAUGAAAAAGUGGAGCGUGUAAUUGAUGUUUCAUUGACGACGUGACGAUUGGUGUGGUGUUUGUGUGGCACCGUGCGCACAACCACAGCUCUGAGCAACAUAAGCAAUGCAUUCCACCAGCCAAAUGCAUAUUUAACAUUCACAUGUAGUGUGCAUUUGGACAUCACCAGGCUUCUCCUGUCCUGUGUGUGACUUUGCUUUCUUUUCCAAUAAAGACAACAGAAGUGCACGCUGUCAGCCCUUCGUUCCUAAAAUUGAUGUGACUUUCGGCUUGUCCCAUCAGGGUCGUACACCCUAUGAAUAGCACAUCAUCCAGCACGUGUCAUUUUUGCUCAAAAUUGUUUUGUAUUUUUUUUUUUUAAAUCUUUGUUUUACAAAACAUUUUUAGUGUUUCUGUCAUGUUCUGGAAAAAAACUAAAUGACAUUUUUUGAGGAAGAAAAAAUAUUUUUACAAAAAAAACCUUUUUGGCUUGGGCGGGGAAAGCUCUAAGAGAGAGAUUUUUCUUUUUGAAAUACAAUUUUCAGACUACAGCCUAUAAUCAGGCCCUCGCAGCACGGUCCCGUCAGGGUACUGGCACCAUAAAAAUGUAUUGCACAUAAAAAAAAUAAAGUCAACUCUCGUUUCGUUUCGUUUCCUCAUUUCCCCGUUUCCUUCCUUCCUCGUUCCCUUGUUUCCUCAUUUCCUUGUUUCAUUUUGGGGCAAAAAAGUAUUUUAGUAAUCAAUAAAAUGGAUUUCUGAAAUCAAAGAUGUUCAUUCUAGAAAAAAAGUUUUUUUUAUAUAUUAGUCAUUUGUCAAAGAGAAAAAGAUAAAAAAAAAUUGUAGAUCGUAUUUUGCGACGAUUGCUAUUUUUUUCCUUUUAAGAAUAAGGUUGGAUUCUUUGUCAAGGGUGAGGACACAUUUUCAGUUUCUUCUUCCAAAAUCAUCAUAAGGCAGAAACAUUGAUGAAAUUCAACGUAUUGUCAUGAUAUGUUUUUAUUAUUUCCACCACGCCAGCGUUUACGUUAGUGUUUUGUCAUCUUUGGGUUAGCAUAAAAUUAUAAUCUUCCCACUGAAAUGCAGUCCAAAGUUAUUCCUUGAGACUUCCUGUCUACACCCACCUUAAGUUAACAUUUUUGUACUGACAGGAAGCUCAGAGAGGGCACCUUUAAUGUCGCGUUCAAGGGAGGAUCGCUUCGGAGAAAAGCUGUCUGGCAAGCGUCGAUGGCUACGAACAGUCGCUAAGCGUUGUGAAGUUGUUGCUCGGCGAUGCUUUUGCCGAGCGCGUCCGGGUUGGCCAGUGGGUCCAAGUCCGCAAAUAGGUUGAACCACGCAGACAGGUCCUUGGAUGGUCCGGAACAACUUGCUACGGGGAAAGGGGGGAAGCAAUAUUCAUACUCUGGGAAGAAAGUCAGAAUUUUUCCAGAAGAAAACUUGUGAGGAAUAAGUUUUAUUGGGAGGAAAAGUUGGAUCUUUGGUCCUUUGAGAGGAAAGUAGUCAUUUUACGAGAAAAGUCAGAUUUUAACGGAAAUAAAAUGUAAGAUUUUGAGGGGAUUUUUUUCAAAUAUAGUAGUAAUCUUGUAUCGGGAAGUAAAGUGACAAUGUUCUGGGAUUUUUUACGAGAAUUGUAAUUGUCAGAUUUUUAUCGGGAAGAAACAUUUUUGUGGGAUUUUGCUUUAGAAUAAAGUAGUAAUUUUACAGAUAGUAAAGUCAGAUUUGAUCACAAUUGUGUCUUUUUAAAAAAAAAAAAAAAAAAAAAGAACUAAGUAGUAAUAUGUAAAAUAAAGUCGUAUAUUAUCAGGAAGUAAAACUUUUCUGAGAUUGUUUAAAAAAAUAAAGUAGUACUCGUAAAAGAAGUCCGAUUUUGUUGUGGGGAAAAAACAAUGAGAUUUUUUUCAAGAAUAAAGUAGCAAUUCUAUGAUGAAGUUGGACUGUAUUGGCAACAAAAGUUGUCUUUCAAAAAUAUUGUAGUAAUCUUAAAAAAAAUAAAAUCAGAAAGAUCAAUAGGAUUUUUGAGGGUUCUUUGUAAUAAAGUAGUAAUCUUACGAGGAAUAAACUUGGAUUUUAUCUGAAAGAAAAAUUUGAUUUAUUUUUAGAUUAAAGUAAGAAAAAUUUGAUUUAUUUUUAGAUUAAAGUCGUACUCCUAUGAGAAAUAAAUUUUAUGGGGAAGAAAAGUUGGAUUUCUUUUUCACCCCAGAAUAAAGUAAUCGUUUUAGAAAUAUUUCUCAUUAUGUGUUAGCGUUAAGCUAACAGAAUUUCGGAAGACAGUUAAUUGGUUUGUUCUGAAUCCACGUAUAACUGUUUGCUUUGUUUACAGUAAACUUUAAAUUUGCUGUAGCAUUGAACACCUUGAAACAAGCACCUCUUUUUCGAAGUAUUGUUUGCUAUCUACCAAAUUACUCGCUCAUGAAGGACAGAAAAGACAUCAGUUAGAAAAAAACUAAAAAAUGUUCCUUGCAACAAAGCAAAAAAAUAUACAUACAAAAACAAAGUGCAAUAAAAUAGAAUAAAACCAACACCAUUAAGAGUUUUAAGGUUGUGUACCUUUCAGUCCACUGGCUCCUUGGGUGUGCUCUGUUGCCGUGGCGACAGGCUGCGAGCCGGUCCCAGCCCCCUCUGAAAGAGUCCAACAAUUGACCACUGAUCUCCUUGCAGUUUCACUUUCUUGUGUUUACCUGAGAGCUGAGCAGCAGCAGACUGCAGCGUGUUCAAGUUGUGGUCCAGGAGCUGCGACGGCAGAAAAAGCGAGCGGAGGUCCGCGGCAGCUGCAGCGCCGUCCCCGGCGUCUCCGAACACCGGACUCCACUGCGGGGGCGCGGGGACGAGGUCGUGAAGCGACACGCCUCCCAAGAUCUCCUCCAGCAAGGCCGAGCCGUCCUUGUCCUCAUCCGUGAGCUCCCACCGUGAGACGCACGCUUCUCCGGUAACUGCAAACGCAGGAUAGUAGUAAAAUAGUACAAGCAGUUAUCUAAGGAUACGACACAAGCUGAGUAAUAUCGGAAAAAAAAACUGGACCGAGAACAAAAGCUGCAUCAUUCAGUGGCACGCUGGUCGCUGUUGCAUUGGCUU